CUUCGUCUCUCGUGAUUUAUUCUCUUAUUUCCUUAAAAAGGAACCAGUUGAUAAUUUCGUCUUUGAAUAUAUUAUAUAUCUUCUAAUUAAACUAUCUCUUAUAAAUAUGGCUCGCAAUGGAGGGUGGUAAUGCUGAAACAUGUUGUGCCAUUUAAUGGCGGAGAGGAAUACGAAAUAAUAAAGAUGAAUGACAUACACGCUAUUGAUGUUUGGCGACGAGAAAUUGUGAACUGUAAUUUACUCGUUAAAGCCCUGAUUCAGGAUAUCAAUACAUGUCCAGGGCCACUUGAAGUUUUAAACGAAUUGAACAGGGAAGGUCGAUCUAAGAUUGGAACUCUCAGGAGUAAAAUAAAUCAGUUAGAAAUUCUUGCCAAAGAAGAGGUAAAAGAAACAGAACGAACAAAGCUUUUGAAAGAAGUGGAAAGCCAUCGAGAUCAACUUGCAAGUACAGUUGGAGCAUUUCGCAAAGCCAACAUCAUGUGUAUGCUUGCAAUUCAGAAGUCCAACAAGGAGGAGCUUUUAGAUCAAGGAUCAGAAGAGGCUGUUUUACGCCACAGGCAGCGUAAGGAUAAGGAAGGACUGGUCAAAAUGUCAUCAGAUGUAACAGAGCAGUUACUGUCAAUUAGUCGUCACUUGGCUGAGACAACGCAGCGCAGUGCUGGCUCCCUUGAAACACUAGCAAACUCAUCCAGUAAUGUUCAAGGCACUCAAGAAGAACUCAAAACAACUGGCAGUGUCAUUCUGCAGUCAAGAAAACUACUUGCUAAAUAUGGCCGUCGUGAAUUUACUGAUAAGGUUCUUCUGAUUUUUGCAUUUGUAUUCUUUCUUGCUUGUGUUUUGUAUAUCUUACAGAAAAGAUUCUUUUAAUUGAAAAUGGACUGAUAUUUCUAUCUGAGUAUUGCACUGUGUCUCACUUUAAGUGUGACACUGGAGCACAGACAGUGAUUUACUGAAUGUUUUUAAGACUUCUAGUAUAUGUAUGUGUGUAAGGGGUGGGCCAUAAAAUCUGGUCCCUGCACUGCGACCUUCAAUGAUCUAU